AUGCAGAGCAGGGUGAUGCGUCUCCGACACUUUGCAAGUCAGAACUGGCAGACGUUCCGGCGACGUCCGCUUGCAGAGAUCUCAGGUGCAGUUGGUGAUCUCGGGACCUUCCUACCAAUCCUAAUUGCGUUGACCGUAAACGAAUCGAUUUCACUACCAAGUACGCUGGUGUUUUCGGGAAUAUGGAAUAUUCUUACGGGCCUAUUUUUUGGUAUCCCGCUGCCUGUUCAGCCGAUGAAGGCAAUUGCAGCUGUGGCAAUCGCGGGGAAAUAUAGUGCUGGCCAGGUUGCUGCGGCUGGACUGUUUGUGGCUGCCUGCAUAUUUCUCUUGAGCGUGACUGGAGCUUUGCGCUGGCUUUCUGGCGCAGUACCUAUCCCGGUUGUCAAAGGAAUACAAGUUGGAGCUGGUUUGUCGCUUGUUGUAUCUGCUGGUACUACGCUGAAGGGCUCUCUCUCAUGGAUUCAGCCAUCGUGGGCAGAUAACUAUAUCUGGAUGAUUGCUGCAUUUGUUGGCCUUGUGAUAACAAACGUUUACCGGCGCAUUCCCUAUGGACUAAGCGUGUUUAUCCUAGGCCUAGUGUUUGCUAUUAUACGUCUUGCAGUUUCAGGGGAUGGCCUCCUGCCUGGUUUCCGUUUCUGGAGGCCGUGGCUUACUGUGCCGGGUCUACUGGAUUGGAAUUCUGGCAUUCUUGAUGCUGGAGUCGGCCAGGUACCACUUACAACGCUCAAUUCUGUCAUUGCCGUGGUGCACCUUGCUGCAGACCUGCUACCGGACGUACAAACUCCAACGGUUACAGAAAUCGGAUUGAGCGUAGCUGCCAUGAACCUGAUUGGCAUCUGGUUUGGAUCAAUGCCAGUAUGCCAUGGAUCCGGCGGUCUUGCAGCUCAAUAUCGAUUUGGAGCGCGAUCCGGUGCCAGUGUCAUUUUCCUAGGCCUUGUCAAGGUAAUACUCGGUCUGCUAUUUGGCAAUACGAUUGUUGACCUGCUGGCGAAAUUCCCCGUCGCAUUUUUGAGCGUGAUGGUGAUUGCCGCCGGCCUAGAGCUAGCUAGCGUGGGCGAGUCGUUGAAUACGUCCUCGGCCUGGGACUUGGGCUCGCACGGAGACGGCAGAGGCUUGACCGGAGUGAUCUCGGGGGCAUCCCUAGACACCGACGAGCGGAAGAAGAGAUGGACUGUAAUGAUCGUCACUAUUGGAGUGCUGGUCGCGUUUAAGAAUGACGGGCUAGGCUUUGUAGCUGGUAUGCUAUGUCACUGGACAUAUGCUCUCCCGGCUCUCGUCGACAAGCUGCGAUCCAGGCUUUCCCAUGGCAGAGUUAGACUGCCCACAGACAGCUGA